AUUUUAGACUGUUUUUGUCUGUUGUCAUGGAGACGGAACAGAUUCUUCUUUAGCGAUGCUGCUCAUUUCUUCUUUGGGAAGUACAUUAUUCAGAUUUGGAAAAGCUUGGUGAAGACGAUGUCUGUGCCUGACACUCAGGUUUUUACACCUGGACCAGAAGAAGGACCUGAUGGGCAGGAUGCACUGCUUCCUGGUCCUCUGAUGAGUGAUAAGGUGCAGAAGGACGACCUGAUCAGGUUUAUCCAGGGGAAAUAUCAGGAAUGUCUGCAACACCUGGAUGACCCUGACCAACAGAAAUCCUAUUUCUUCUGGAUGAUUGUAGAGCACUUCUGUAAUGGGAAUGGAAGAGUAAUGAUGGCUGAAAUCGCCGUGCUUCUCUUCAAAGGCUACGGCUGUGUGAGGAGAAAGCUCGGCCGUGUUCAGAACCAGGAGGACUGGUGUCUUCCUCUGGCGAGGCUUUUGUGCUCCACUGCUACAGGAGAUGAGCACAGAAAAGCCAUUAUUAAAAUGGGAGACGAUUUAGGUUCCAGAGGACGGAUCUACGCAUCACAUAUCUGCUACGUGGUGGCGCAAGUGGUGCUGGGAUCACGUAGACGAUUUCACAUCAUUGGAUAUGACUGGGUUAUUAACCAUCACUCAGUGUCGAAGGAGGUGAUGCAGAGAACUGAGAUCUAUGAGUACGUGCUGUCUCUGACCUCAGGGAUCGGCCAGCCACAAUUCCAGGAGUUAAAGUACCUUUACGCCUGUGAUCUAGCUGAUGCUGGACUUUCUGCUCAGGCACUCGCUUACUGCGAGAGCAUCGCUAGAAACAUCUUCACGUUCCCUCGGCUCAUCAACAGCUAUGUUAUGGAACGGGUUAUAAUGCUCUCUGACAGGCUGCUCCAAGGGAUGGAAGAAGAAGAAGCAGAGUGGCUGCUAAAACUUUGCCGGCUGCACAGAGCAUUCAGUGCACAUUCUCACUUUUAUGUUGAUGUGGUGGAGUCCAUCUCAUGUAGUUCUGAGUCUCAGGAGUUCCAAGAGGAGUUAGAUUCACGCUACACUGUAGGAAAGCUGCUGGGGGAAGGUGACUGCACCACUGUCUACGCUGGAGUGCGUAAGGCAGAUGGGUUACAGGUUGCCAUGAAAUAUGUGUUCAAAGUGGAUGAAGACUUAUUGUACGGAGAGAAGCCUCGGGAGGUGGCGUUAAUGGAAAUGGUGUCCAAGCCGCCUCGCUGUGUUUCGAGCUGCUCAUCACUGCUUUAAACGGGGAGUUCUUCACGGCGACAUACACAACCAGAAUAUUCUGAUCAAUCCAGACACUCUGGAGGUGAAGUUGAUUGACUUUGGCUGUGGAGAGUUCCUGUCGGACAACACCAACACGAUGUGUGCAGGACUUACUUCUUACAUCUGGAAUCUGGGUGCACUCAUAGUUGAGAUGAUCACUGGAGACGUUUUCUUUUAUGA